UUUCUUCUCAUCCUUUGGGUUUGGGUCUCAAUCCUUUUCUCGCCCCUUUUGGAUCAUCAAAAACCCAUUUCAAUCACAAUAAAAAUUCAAAUAUUUCAUAGUUUUUCACAAGGUUUUCGUUCAAUUCUGUUGAAUAAAGUUGAACGAUUCAAUUUGUAUUUUUUUUUUUGGUUUUAAAAUUCAAACGCAGGAGUAUAAACUUCGAUUCAGACGACUAUGUUAUUCGAUUUUCUUGGAUUGGAAUUUGAUUUCAAUUAGGGUUUUGAAUUGAAUCAAACAAGGGCUCAUUUGGAUCAUCAAAAACCCAUUUGAUUCCCCCAAAAAAUUCAAAAAAUUCAUAGGUUUUGCCAGGAUUUUCGUUCAAUUCGGUUGACUAUAAUUUCACAAUUCAAUUCCUAUAAUUUCCGUAUUAAAAUCCAAACCCAGCAGUAUAAACUUCAAUUCAGACGACUCUGUUCUCAGUUUCUAUCAAAUUUAAAGAAUUUUGGAUUGGAAAUUGCUCUCAAUUAGGGUUUCGAAUUGAUUCAAUCAAUUUUCAACAAUUUUUGAUUGUUGGUGUGGCUGGGAUGGAUUGUAGAGUCUGUGCGGCCACCGGAGAUUUGUGGGUCAGAAUGGCCGGCGGCGGAGGCGGUCAGUACGCGAGUCAAAUCGGUGGGUUCAGCCAUGAGAGCGAGCAUGACUUAGCGGUCAUGGUCAGUGAUUUCUUGGAGAACGGCAGUGGUGGGACUGAGUCCCGGUAUAGCAGCGAUAGCGAUUCUGGAUUCUGCGAUCUUUCUCACUUAGCCGACAACAUUUCGUAUUACAAGCUCUCUGCGGAUCAGUAUGAGAGCAAUUUGCUGUCGGUGGUUAAUUCUCUUUUGCUAUCUAUCAUUGAAACCGACGUUCACCUUGUCAAGCCAGGGCCGUGUAAUGCCAGCUGCAUCAGGUUUUCUCUGGUGAAGCUUUUGAGGCUUUCUGGUUAUGACGCUGCUGUGUGUGCAUCUAAGUGGCAGGGUAGUGGGAAGGUCCCUGGAGGGGACCAUGAAUAUAUUGAUGUAGUCAAUUACAAAGGUACUGGAAGCUCUGAGCGUUUGAUCAUUGAUAUCGAUUUUCAAAGCCACUUUGAAAUAGCUAGAGCUGUCGACUCCUACGAUAGAAUACUCAACUCUCUCCCUGUUGUUUAUGUGGGCUCAUUGACGAAGCUGAGACAGUUCCUUCAAGUUAUGGUGGAAGCUUCUAGAUCUUCUCUAAAGCAGAACUCGAUGCCUCUUCCUCCAUGGCGGUCCCUUGCUUAUUUGCAAGCAAAGUGGGACUCUCCCUAUCAGAGACGCGUUAAGCCAGAUGAACAGAGAAGCAAUCUUCCUUCUGAACAUAAGCAGUGUAGUGGACAUUUAAAGAGGCUGCAAUCAUUGCUCAAAUCUGAAAUUGAAGUAGAGCGAUUGUUGAAGCCUAUAAAUGGUGAAAAUAGCCGGAGGCUGAAGCUUGAGAGGUGGAGGCACUCUUCAUUCAGGAAUCUUUGAGAAAUACCUUUUUCCUGGGAAUUGAAUUUUCCCCAUUUAUAGCAAUAAGUGCAAACCAAAAGGAGAGGUGUUCAUAUAGCGGAUGCUGACAGAAAUAAUAUGCCUUAUUAUGGUGGAAAUGUUUUUCUUUUUCCAUCUCAUGGGGAGUUGAUACGUUUUUCUUUUGUUUUCUGUGUUGCGAGGGCAAGAGCUUUGGAUCUAUGGAGCUGCUGCAGGUUCUCUAACUUUUACAGGACGAUAUCCAAAAUGGUUUGUACUUGCUUGGCCCUGCAGCUUUGUUUUUAUACAUUGUAAUUUUUUUUUUUUUUGGUUUCAUGUUUUAUUUCCAUGGUAUUAUCAAGAAUGUGUUCCUCUGCUGCUAAUUUUGUAGGCCGAGGAAUUUUUGUCGCAUUCUUUAUUCAUGUUGUACCAUAAUCCGGGUUUCAUUCUCUCCAGCAUUAAAAGUGUUGCUUGGACGAUUUUAUAUUUUUCCUCUACAUAAAUGUAGUUGGUUUUAUUACUGUC